UCACACAAACCCCUCCAUCCGGAAGUGAAGAGAGAAGAACGAGCUGAGAGGCGCCGCGGUGGAUUGUGGGAUUCCUUAGCUUGUCUUUACACGGACCGACGUUCGUUUUGCCCACGGUUAUAAAAUGGACGCGGGGUUUUUCCGCGGCACCAGCGCGGAGCAGGACAACCGAUUCAGUAACAAGCAUAAGAAGUUGCUGAAGCAGCUGAAGUUUGCAGAAUGUCUGGAGAAAAAGGUGGACAUGACCAAAGUAAACCUGGAGGUCAUCAAGCCGUGGAUCACGCAGCGCGUCACGGAGAUCCUCGGCUUCGAGGACGACGUCGUCGUCGAGUUCGUCUUCAACCAGCUGGAGGAGAAGAAUCCGGACGCUAAGAUGAUGCAGAUUAACUUGACCGGUUUCCUGAACGGGAAGAACGCACGUGAGUUCAUGAAGGACCUCUGGCCCCUGCUGCUGAGCGCCCAGGAGAACAUCGCCGGGAUCCCGUCCGCCUUUCUCGAGCAGAAGAAAGAGGAGAUCAAGCUCAGACAGGAGUCUCUGGCAGUUCUGAAAAAGGUAGACGAAGAUAAGAAAGACAGAGAGAGCAAAGAGAAAGCUCAGAACAGGAGUCCCAAGCGACCUUUCCUCAGAUCUUUUUUUGACUCCAGGAGAAAAUCUCGUUCACCGGCAAAGCGCGAAAGGAAACGCAGCCACUCUCGCUCGCCUCGACGCAAUCCCAGCCCACCAGCUCUGCCCCUGCCCAGUCCACCCAGCCAAAAACCCGAGCCCCAGCCAGAGCCCGACCAAUCAGAGAGCUCCAAACCAGAACCGCUGGUCCUGGAGGCUUCCUCUACCAGUGAUUUGGCGAACGACGCAAAACCGGAUUCGGUGUCUGAGGUUCCCAAGGACGCGUCUCCGGAGAAACCCGCAAAGGCAGAGGACAAACCGAAGCCGAGAGAUCCGAAAGAACGGGACCGGGAGAAAGAUGGACGGCGAGAUCGUCCACGCCAUCGAACGCGGUCUCGCUCGCCCCGCCCCCGGCGACGCCACCGGUCACGCUCUCGGACGUACUCGCCCCGGCGCAAACCAAGUCCAAGGAGACGCGUCUCCCCCCGACGCAGGAGUCCUCCGAGACGGCCACCUCCUUCCAGACACAGGCGCAGCCGCUCACCUGCCCGCAGGCGGCGUUCACGUUCUCGCUCGUCUUCAGGCAGCUCGUCCUCGCGCUCGCCUCAUAAGAGGCCCGCUAAACGCAGCUCCGUCACGCCGCCCAGGAAACAACCACGCCGCACUGACACGUCCUCCAGCCCCAGCGGGAGGCGCCGCAGCCCCUCAGGUUCAAAUCGGCGACCCGCUGGAAGAAACGAGUCGCCGUCUCCUGCUCCUAAACCCAGACGAUCAGACCUAUCAGAAUCAGAGGAGGAUAAGUUGGGGAAAGGGGCACCGGUCGAUUCGGUCCAGCAGCGACGGCAGUAUCGCAGACAGAAUCAGCAGUCCUCUUCAGAGACCGGAUCAUCCUCCUCAUCCUCAGAGGAUGAAGGGCCGAGGAGGCCAGGCAGAGGGCCACCAGCAAGGAACGGCGACAUCAGGAGGAGGCGGAGUCACUCACCCAUGUCACCUAGGAGACGGCACAGGGAUGCGUCACCGAGAAAGAGACGUUCUCCGUCUCCUCGACGUCACCGCUCGCCUUCACCCAGACGCCGUCGCUCACCGUCACCUCCACCCAGACGCAGGUCGCCCUCGCCCCCUCCUCGCCGCUAUUCCCCGCCCAUCCAGCGUCGCUACAGCCCCUCGCCUCUUCCCACUCACAAGAGACGCCCUUCUCCUUCGCCCGCUCCUCCGAAGCGCAGCAGUCCUCGCUCAUCUUCCUCCCCCCCUCCACGCUCACGCCGCAGCCCACCCAUGUCCUCCUCAGGACGCCAGGGCAGCCCUCAGAGCAGAUACCCGCCUGCGGGGUCGUCUCCGCAGCGGCGCGGACAGUCUCCCGCUCACGGCAGAGCCAUCCGCAGGGUGUCGCGUACACCUGAGCCACGUAAGACACAGAGAGGGUCUCAGAGUCCACGGCCAAUGAGAAGACAGUCCUCUCGUUCGCGCUCUGCCUCUCCCGAUCGUUUCCCAGCAUCCUCGGCGGCAGCUUCCGGGUCUCUCAAGCGGCCGGCUCCGGCGUCUGCGUCCCCGUCUCCUUCUCCCGCCCGCUCGGCCAGCGGCUCUCCUGCUCCUCCCCCUCCUCCUCCACCCCCGGCCAAGAAGGCCAGCAGCGCCUCGCCAAGCCCCUCGCCCAACAAGAACUCUGAUGUUGAUGUCGGCAAGAAAAAGAAGAAAAAGAAGGAGAAGAAACACAAGAAGGACAAGAAGCACAAGAAGCACAAGAAACACAAGAAGGAGAAGAGCGCCGCCGCAGCGCCGGGGGACGGACAGGAAAACGCUCGGGUGGAGGAAGAGCACGAAUCCGAUCAGAAAAAGGAAUCAGAGAGUGAAGUAGACGACAGUCUGGAUGAUCUGGAGAAGCACCUGAGGGAAAAAGCACUGCGCUCCAUGAGGAAAGCCCAGAUUUCCCCGCCCCAGUCCUGAGUCCUCUCUCUCUCUCUCUCUCUCAUUUUUUUCGACAUUUUGUUCAGCUUUAGAAUGUGUACAAAUUGUUCAGAGUUCACCCACGAUGUUGGUAUGGUGUUAAUUUUAUUUUAUUUUUUUUGAUGAAAUUUGUGUUGAAUUUUGCAGCAUGAUCUGUUUCUCCAGCCACUAAAGAUGAUGUAAAGAAAAUAAAUAAAUGCCCCGUGCCCACCCCCGCCCCUCCCCCUUCCACCCCAACUCCUCCCUUCUUUCCUUCCUCCUGCACCUGAUCAUAACUCUGAGACUGAGAGUUAGCGUGUAGAUUUUUUCUCUCUCUCAUGACCUCACGCAGUGUUUUUUAUAAAUAUUACUAUUUUUUUUCCUUUUUUUUUUUUUGUUUUUUUUUCCUGGUUAGGGGCGCAGAUCUGCGUUUGUCCACCCGUGUGCACGAUCCAUACAGUAAACACACACACACACACUGUGCAGAAACGGAGAACAAGCGAGGACUCUCUGCUUCUCGCCCCAAUGUUUGUUUUGUAACUUUUUAAUUUGUUUCAAGUCGUUGAACCGUUUGAAGAUUUCUGGCUUUGAAAAAGUCGCAUUAAACGAAAGGGUAAACUUG